AUGGUCAAGUGGGGUUUAAGAACCUGCCUAGAACUGGAGCGCUAUCUGCAGACGGAGCCCAAACGUCUGUCCGAACUCUUCGACCAAGACCUGGAUGGUCUCCUAACUCCGGCCUACUUAAAGGAGGAUGGCGAGGAGGAGCUGACUGAUGCUCUGCUCCCGAGCCUGCCGAGCCUCCCCGAGCCUCCGAGCCCGCCUCCGGUGAUCCUCUGCCCAACACGGAAGAACCUCCCCUCCACUGGUGUCAUGAAAAGGGACCUCAAACCCAAAAGCCAGGGGCUCGAAAAUGUGGAAGGGAUGGAGGGCGUCCACCAGGCCCAACUGAGCGCCGUCACCUCCCUGACACCCCCGUCGUCACCAGAGCUGGGCCGCCAUCUCGUCAAACCCAACCAGACUCUGACGGCCUCAGCCGACGGCACGCUCACCCUGAAGCUUGUGGCCAGGAAGGUGGGGCUCAGUGCGGCCCGAUUGGUGGCAGCGCACGCCCUCCCUGUCCGAAUGAAGGACGAAGAGGAGGGGGCUGCGUGCGUGAUCGGGGUCGGGGAGCUCCCGGAGAACAAGAAGAGGAUUCACCGUUGUCAGUUCAAUGGCUGCAGGAAGGUGUACACCAAGAGCUCCCACCUGAAGGCUCAUCAGAGGACACACACAGGUGAGAAACCGUACAAGUGCUCGUGGGAGGGCUGCGAGUGGCGAUUCGCCCGGAGCGACGAGCUGACGAGGCACUACCGCAAACACACCGGCGCCAAGCCUUUUAAGUGCAACCACUGUGACAGGUGUUUCUCGCGGUCGGAUCACUUGGCGCUGCACAUGAAGAGGCACAUCUGAGGAGUCGGAGAGAGGUCAGCGGGAGUGGAAGAGAGGGGAAGAGGAUGGAGGCGGAGUGGAGGAUAAAAAAAAAAACGGAAAAAUAACACGAUGGAUAUGAAGGAGAAAGAUAGAGAGACAGCGGGAUGGACUCUAAAGACAGAUUUGGCCGUUCUGGACUGCGGGGAGAGGCACCACACAGAGCAGCUGACUACAGACAGACCCUGAGUGGGUCUGUGCUCGAACAUCACCACCUCACAAACGUCUCGUCGGCGAAGUCACGUAGACAGUCGCUUCAUCCCGCCUUCACAUCUCAGAGGAGAUGUCACGUGAUGGGUGGUUGACCACGCCCCUGUGGUUGGCAGCUCUUUGUUUUCGUUGCUUCGGAAAUGUCAGCCCUCGUCACGCAGCAGUUGCUCUACAUGUCAGCAAAUACGUUAACGCCAAGCUGGACCGUUGUACAGUACAUUUUAGCGCCGACUGCAGAACGGCUGUUUGUAUAUUCACGAUUUUCUCGUCCUGGAAACUGCUGAGGCUGAGGAGAACAGUCGCCCUUGUUCAGAGUUGCCACGGCCUUUACAAUUCGCCAAAGGGUUUAUCAUUAUCAUUACGGGACAGAUACGUUUUUCAUCUGACCUCUGUAACGUUGAAUGAAUCCAUUUAUAAAUCCUCCUGCUUCGAUGGCUCUGGAGCAAAUGUUUGACGGAGACUUCCCGCAGACUUGAAGAUGUGAGUUCUGCCCCUGACGCCCUGUGGAGACCGACGGAGGUCGUGUUGGGGCCUGGCUUGCUUCAUGAGCGUCAUCCAUUGAGGGCUACCGCAGGACGAGGCGAACGUCUCUGGGAAAGACCGCUCCUCUCCGAGAAUGUCAGCUGAACCUGAGAGCGUUUUUUCCCUCUUGUCAGAAACUGUUGCACAAUUGACUCUUUGCAAACUUUUUGUAAAAAACGCCCCACCGUCUCGGACAAUUUGGGACUCACAAGCACUGGCUUUCACGCGCCGGCGGAGAGAGGACAGCCAAAAUGCACAAAGUGGAAGCAGCGAGCUGACUGCGAUAGCACACAAACAAGAUCACGAUGUAUGUAAAGGCUCUAUUGUUUCUAAGAAAAUAUUUGUUCAACAAAAACAAUUGAAAAGACAGUUUUGAAGAACGCGUUGGAAAUGGAUGCAGCCAAAAAGAAAAAGAAGAAAGAGUGUCGACUGUAGAUGCCUGACAUGAUCUCUUCGGCCUUUGAGAGUGAUUGGCACCGAACUAACCACUGGGUAGAGGAAGGUUUUUUUUUCCUGUUUGCACCACCCAUGCAGAACUCUUCCAAUUUCGCAGCUCAUUUCAGAGAAAAGCAGAAUCUAAUCCGGCCCUAUGCAUAUCUAAAAACAUUCCUGCUGACUUCCUGAUCACACGUGUUCGUCUGAACGCAGAUUUCUACAACUGCCGGACACGGAAGGACUUGUAGGAAGACACAAAUUCAAUCAAUUGGGUGGCUCUUCUCAGAGCGAAUCAAUGUGAAUGUAUCUGUUGUAAGUCUGUACAUGUUGCGGUGGGAAGAACAUACCAGACACCAUUCGUGUUCAUAGUUUCUCGUUUUCACAUUGCGAACUAGAGUGACACUCAGCAGAGCACAUAUCUCCACCGAGGCCCAACGGUCCACAAUCUGCAAGAUCCACGUUUAUAUGUGGAUCUACACCAAAUAACACUCAUAGAUAUCAGUUCCCUAACAUCUGUCUGAUUGUUUCCACCAGGAUCCAUGAAUCAUCUCCUGGGAAACAUUCUAUCUUGCAAUGUUGAAGAACAUGAUAAAAGAAAUUCCUGCAUCCGCAUCGUGGAAAUCCGUUAAGCAGUUUUUAUGUGUUCCUGCUGAUAAACAAACAAACAUGACCUUCUUGGUGGAGAUUACGAAUAGAUGGACUUAGAAUUACUUGCUAGCCGCGGGUGGUAGCUUUAAACAUGUUACGAGUUGUACUGCACCAGCUGGAAGCGAUGAGUUCACAUUUCCAGCAGGGGGCAGGAAACUGCGGGAGACACGUAUGCUCUCCCAGAAAACUGGAAUCAACAUUUGUCCUUUGUGUCCCGACUCUUCUCCUGAAGAGAAAAGCUUUUGCCACAUUACGCUUUAAAUGUUUUUAGUCCACAAAUGAAUUCUGGGUGAAAAUCAGCUGAGAUCAAACGCACACAAAUCAAAAUGGCAGCUUGGAUGACGGUGGAUGAUCAAGACACCGAUGAGCUCGAUUGGAAACAGCUUCAUCGACGUGUUUAUUCUUUUUAUUUUAUUUUCUACAGGACUUUUAAUACUUUGAGGCAACGUGGCCGCACACAGCAAUCUGCUUCCUGGCCAGGGACACACAAAAUUGAUUUUACUCCGUGUACCACAGGCGCUUUUCAAUUUCGGGUAUGAAUGCAGACCAGCUCAAUCAUAUCUCGUCAUGAUCUGUCUGCAGCUCUGGAGGAGGAUACUGAAUCAACUGCGGCCUCGAGUAAACACCCAACGCUUUCUUUCUUAAUGUACAAACAAGCCAGGAUCCCUUUUUCAUUGAACGUCUACGGCUGGAGAUAUUCUCUCUUUUAAUUUUGCGUGCAGGGGCAGAACCAGACAGACGAACACCGGCUGUGUGACUAACAAAUACCUGCAACUGUGUCUUCACCACAGAGACAGAGAUGCUCGUCAAAACACCUGGCGAGAGAUCUGUGCCGUUUCAGAAGUCGCCGUGUUUCUUUAUUUACAGAUUGUAAAUUAGAGUCAGAGGCAGAUUCAUCGUGUUAGAAUCUUCUACAAGUUUGCAAAGACAAACAAAUUGGGUCCUCCUUUUUUCGCCGGUUGCAAUUUAAAGCCAAGAUAAUCCCACAUAGGUGAUUUUGUAUUCUUCUUUGCAGCGAGCGCUUCCAUAAUUGCAUUGGCUGAUGUAAGCUGUAGGCGGCAGGCCUCUAUGUGCAAACAGCGGAGGGAGUGACUGCAAAAGAAAAACACUGAUGCAGGUUUUAACGGAUCCUUCAGUUUCAUCCAUCCACACUUAUCAAUGCUACGUUAAAGAAAAAGAAUCAGACACUAGAGGAACUUUUUGCUUAAAUGAUCCAGUUAUCCUGAGAGAUACAAAUAAAGAGGAGAAGUUUAAGCCAUGGUUUAAAACGGUAUCAUCAAUGGCAGCUCUACUUGUGGGUUUCAGUAUUUCAGUGGGAAACUGAACUGUUGUGUGUGUGUGCGGGAAAAUGUGCAGCUCUGGAGUGUAUUUUUUUCUUUUCCGUUCCGAAUGUAGGCAGCCGAGGAUUUUUUUGGACUGGAUGUGUUUAGAAUUUGGUCUGACUCUUCUUACAAAAUUGUGAGCUCCAAAAAAAAAAAACACAAAAAAAACAA